GAACUUUUGAUUGAGGGAUACGAUAAUAACAGAUUGUUAGUAGCUAUACCAUUCGUGUGCAAAGUGCUUGAACAGGCAAAUAGGAGCAAAGUCUUCAAGCCUCCAAAUCCUUGGCUGAUGGCAAUACUCAAAUUGUUGGUCGAGUUGCACCGAUUAGAGGAUUUAAAAUUACAAUUAAAAUUCGAAGUUGAAGGUCUAUGCAAAAGCUUGCAAAUUGAAAUGAAAGAUAUAGAACCGACCAAGAUACUGAAGGAUCGACCUUCUAAAGGAUUGCCUCAAACUGCACCCGAAUGGCCUCCAACUUAUAACAAUCCCCCUGCUAAAGAGCCACCGGGAUCCCAAAUUCCAUCGAUUCCCAACACCCAUACGAAUAGCGUAUUGCCUACAAACGGCGGCUUACUGGACGAUGGCAAUAUGAGUUUUGAUCAGUAUAUUACGAUCAAUCCCAAUUUGCCCUCAUUCUACAAUCAACCUCUGAUGAGAAGAUUUGUUCAUUUAGCGAUUGAUAAAGCGAUUCGAGAGAUUAUUACACCCGUAGUAGAACGAUCUGUCACAAUCGCUGGAAUAUCAACCCGUGAAUUGAUUGUUAAAGACUUUGCCAUGGAGCCGAAUGAGGAAAAAAUGAGAAAUGCAGCUCACUUGAUGGUACAAAACCUCGCCGGGAGUUUAGCCCUGGUCACCUGCAAAGAACCACUUCGAAUGAGCAUGGUGACCAAUCUAAAGAAUUUUUUAAUUCAAAACGGUUAUAACGAACAAAGUAUUUCGGAGCAAGCCAUUCUGAUGAUAGUCUCCGAUAAUCUGGAAUUAGCGUGUUCGUUUAUCGAAAAGGCUGCCAUGGAUAAAGCUUUACCCGAGAUUGAUGAGUCACUAGCGUCUUCCUUCAGCAAUCGCAAAAAACAUCGUGAG